CGAAUAGGAGGAAGAAGGAGCCUUCUAAAAGACAUGGCGCUGCUUUGCUCAGACCGGGGAUAAUAAGGACGGAUUCUGAGCAGGACCGGCAAGUUGGAUACAUGGUGUGCGGAAGAAAACUGUUUUACUAUGUGGAUGGACAGAAAGACUGAUAGAGUUUUACUGAAAACUCUCAACUAUGUUUUGAAUGUGCUGAAGUUCAGCCCCAGCCCCAAUGUCCGCACGCAGUCUACCUGUAAAGCUGGACCACCGAGGCUGUCCUGGAGGCUCCUGUUCUUCGGUACUGACCAGUUUGCUGUGGAGUCUCUCAAACUACUGAAUCUUUGCAGGCAUUCAAAUGAGGGGAUCGUGGAGAAGCUUGAGGUUGUUACAUUGCCUGGUGAUCUGCCUGUGAAGAGAUUUGCUCAACAGAACCAGCUGGCACUUCACAGCUGGCCCCCUCACAAUGUAGAGGGACAGUUUGAUGUUGGAGUGGUUGUAUCUUUUGGCCGUUUACUCCAUUGUGGACUCAUUGACAAGUUUCCCUUUGGGAUUUUGAAUGUUCACCCCAGUCUGCUUCCAAGGUGGAGAGGUCCAGCACCUGUGUUCCACACUGUCAUGCAUGGCGACACUGUGACAGGAGUCACGGUCAUCCAGAUACGUCCCAACAAGUUUGAUGUUGGGCCCAUUCUAAACCAGGAGAUCCAUCAAGUUCCAAAAAACUGUACAGCUGAAGAUCUUGGAGCUGCCCUGGCCACCAAAGGAGCACAUCUUUUGCUUGAUACGUUGAUGAAGCUUCCUGAAAAAAUUGCAAAUAAACGGGAGCAGGAACUGGAGGGUGUAACAUUUGCUCCAAAAAUCAAUACAUCCAUGAGUUGGAUUAAUUGGGAAGAACAAACCUGUGACCAAAUUGCUUGUUUGUGUCGUGCCAUUGGAUCCCGGAUCCCUUUAAGGACGAUGUGGAUGGGAAAAACUCUAAAACUUUUGGAUUUUGUUGGAAAAUGUUAUAGUUCAGAUGAAAGGAAUCGGAAACCUGGCUCAGUAUACUAUGAUAAGGAUUCCAAUACUCUGGCUGUCUGUUGUAAGGAUGGUUGGGUGGCCUUUAGGACAGUUCUUCUGAGCAAACGACUGACAGCAGCUGACUUCCAUAAUGGUUACUUGAAUCAGACGGUCAAAACGAACUCUUCCAGUAAACCUGCUGAAGGACAGUUUGUCAGUAGAAAAGGAAGAACAGAAGAGCUUCAAACAAAUACUUGGAGAGGUCAAAAAAACUAAUAAAGGAAGCAGUGACUUUGGAGGGGAGUGCUAUCUCCACCUGGUUUACACAGCACUUUGAUAUCGGCCCAAAAAAAAUUAUUCUGUGAUUUAAUAUUUUUCUAAAAUGUGAUUGUGAAAUGUAUUCUGAAUAGAUAAUAUACAAGGAUGCUCACACCUAUUCAGGAAUUGGUUGCUGACUAAAAAGCAACAUUGCUUCCCUUUUCAUUCCAUUUGCCCAGUCAGCCUUAUCACCAUCAGUUUGACUCAGUACUUUUCUCUGAGGCCAGCAGAUUUAGCUGCUCUGUCACACAAAGAAUAUGAACCAUCAGCACUUUAGUUGUGGUGGGCACAUGGCCCAUUACUCUGUCUCGCCCUUGCUGUUCCAGUGUCUCUCAGUUUUCAUGGGGUUUUAUCCACACAGCUGUCAUUUUUGGUAUUUCGAACAUCUGAUUAGAUGGAUUUUUUAAGUGGAUCUUUUUGAUACAAGCAUUGAUUUAUUUAUUUGCCAAAAUCACUUUAGCACCCCAUCAAACUUCGAGCCACUGAACUAAAGCCUGGUAACCAGAGGCAUACAAGCAGGGAUAAAUAAUUUACCAAUCAUCCCUGGAACUCUGCAGCUGCCUUGUGUAAAAAAGGAAGACAAACGAUUUUACAGUUAUGACCUCUUUUAAAUUGGAUUUUCUCCCAGAGAUGUUGGUUGAUCAUCACUCUUUGGACAAUAGUCCUGUGUAAGUACUCUAUGUAUGUCUUAAAAUUAGGAUGAGGUGAUUGUUUGUGUUAUGUAAUUAAUGGAUUAUUUUUAAAAAUAAAUUGUCAAAAAUAA